AUGCGACGCACAAUAAUACUAUUCAACGCUGCCGGACUACAAAUCUGUAUCUGUUUGUGGGAUAAUGCAUGGCAUGUCAAGCGACUGCGCUCGCUGUGCACUAUGACAUGUGUCUGCGGGUCAUCCGGCCGCUGCUCAGUCUUCUUGUUUCGUCUCUUUGGCGACCCGCUUGCGUUCCUUUGCUCUCCUUUUGGGGCUCGCAUCAGAGUCUGUCUCGAGCGGCCUCUUGCGUGCUGGGGAUGUGCCAUCUUGUGGCUUUGCUUUGCGAGCUUUGAGGAGUUCUACGUGGGUCUGCAGGCCUCUUUCGAGUCGAGAGAAAAGGAAGCCAGUCGAUCUCGAGCUUCCCUCGGCUUGAUCUCCCGUGCCUCCUGCAGCACAACCCUCACAGGCGCUGCUUCCAUGCUCGUAGCAAACGUCAAUUAUUCAGCGCCCACCACUUUUCUAGCGAGCAAACCGAGACGCGCGCGCCCAACGUUGGACACACAGCGGGCAGAGCCAGUGCUAGCUCACACUCCCCUCUUGCAGCCAGCAUCGUCCGCUGUCACGCAAGCAGAGCGCACCCAACUUUUCUUUGACUGCUUCAUUUGCCCCAUCUUGAGCAGAGGACAGUCUGCUCCAGAGUGA